AUGGAUGCAUGGAAGAAUCGUUUAUUCAUUUCAAUUCCACGCUGGACUGUUGGAAAUCCAGCUAGCUUGACAUCGAUUGAUCUUCCAUCGAGAGAUAUGAGUCCAUUAUUGCGCCCUUACCCCAACUGGGAGUCUCAUACAACACCCACAAAUCCCGAUUGCAGGAAAAUAAUGUCUGUUUUUAGGAUUCACAUUGAUCCAUGUGGCCGUUUGUGGGCUCUUGAUGCUGGUUUAGUGAACACAACGACUAAUUUUAAUCAUGUUUGCCCUCCAAAAAUUCUUAUAUUUGACCUAGAAACAGAUCAACAUAUUCUCACCUAUCGCAUACCGGAUGUUCAAGUGAAGGAGGAUAAUCUUCUUACGAGCAUAUUUGUUGACGUUCACAAUGGGAAAUGUGAUGAUGCUCAUGCUUAUGUGGCCGAUGCAUGGCGCAAUGGAUUGUUGGUGUUUAGCCUGAGAAAGAGACAAAGCUGGCGUGUAACUCAUCAUUUUAUGAUGCCAGAUCCUCACGCCUGCGAGCAUAAUUUCAAUAAUGAAAUAUACUUCCAGUGGACUGAUGGUAUCUUUACGGUUGCAUUAGUUGGAUAUAGAGGACCCAACAGUCAAUCCUCAAUUUCAGCAAUUGAUCGGGAUGGUGUUCUAUUCUACACACUAAUUGAUCAGGAUGCAGUAGGAUGUUGGGACACAAACAAGCCUCUUUUACCAAAUAAUAUUCAUCAUGUGGAUCAAAGCCAUAUGUUCAUGCCUUUUCCGAUUGACCUCAAAGUUGACAAGGAAACAGAUCAAGGUGUUUGGACACCAAAGCAGCCGUAA